CAACUUCCAGUGGCUCCAUAGCAGGAAGAGAAAGAGGGAGGAGGAGUUGGGCUUGUCUGGCCUUCUUGCCAGAGCUUGGAAAGAUGCAGCUCUCUCUGAGAAACAUGAUCCUUUCUCUUUGUGAAGGAAUCCCCCUACAGAACCUCCUUCUCCUUUCUGCCAUCAUCCUGAUCCUGGCACAUUAUCUGAAGAGAAGAAGAAUUAGGAAUCUAAACUAUCCUCCUGGCCCUCCAGGGCUGCCCAUAUUGGGCAAUUUCCUCCAGAUGGACUUCCAAAAACCGCAAGUCACCAUGCAAAAGUUUGUCAGGAAAUACGGAAAUAUUUUGUGCAUGCAUGUGGGCAGUCAAACUUUUAUAACAGUAACUGGAUUGCCAAUGAUCAAGGAGGUCCUGGUCAACCAAGGUGAUGUGUUUAUUGAGCGACCCCAAAUCCCUCUCCAUCUUCAUAUCGUUAAGAGAUUUGGUGACUUCUCUGAAAUGAUAGGCUUAAUCAUGUCUAAUGGCCAACUGUGGAAACAGCAAAGAAGAUUUGCCUUAAUGACUCUAAGGAACUUUGGUUUGGGAAAGAAGACCCUGGAAGAUCGGAUACGGAUGGAGGCCAAGUAUCUCAUUGAGGCUAUCAGGGAAGAAAAAGGACAGCCCUUUGACCCCCACUAUGUGAUCAACAAUGCUGUUUCUAACAUCAUCUGCUCUGUAACUUUUGGGAAUCGUUUUGAGUACCAUGAUUCACAAUUUCGGGAGCUCCUGAAGAGUAUGGAUGACGUCAUGAAGCUUUUGGUCAGGUGGGAGUGUCAGCUCUUCAAUAUAUUUCCUUCUGUAAUGAAAUUCCUGCCAGGACCUCACCAGAAGCUCUUCAGAGAAUUGAAAAAGCUAGAGUCUUUUGUAGAAGAUGUGAUCAAACAACACAAGGAAAACCUGAAUUCAGAAGAGCCCCAGGAUUUCAUUGAUGCUUACCUGAAGGAGCUGUCCAAGGAUAACAUCCAUUCUAGUUUUAAUGAAAAAAAUUUAGUCUACUGCACCCUGGACCUCUUCUUUGCUGGAACAGAGACAACUUCGACCACACUAAGGUGGGGACUGCUGUACAUGGCCCUUUAUCCAGAGAUCCAAGGCAAAAUACAAGAUGAAAUUGACAAGGUGAUUGGCCAAUCUCGACAGCCCACCAUGGCUGAUAAGGAGAAUAUGCCCUACACUAAUGCAGCUAUUCAUGAAGUUCAAAGAAUGGGAGAUAUUGUUCCUUUCAAUGUACCCAGGAUGGCUAUGGUUGAUACCAUAGUAGCAGGAUAUCAUGUUCCUAAGGGAACCAUGUUGUCGACCAACUUGACUGCCUUGCACAGGGACCCUAAGGAGUGGGCAACCCCAGAAACUUUCAACCCAGAACAUUUUCUGGAGAAUGGCCAAUUUAAGAAAAGAGAGUCUUUUCUGCCUUUCUCAAUUGGAAAGAGGGCCUGCCUGGGAGAACAGCUGGCUCGGGCUGAGCUCUUCCUCUUCUUCACCAGCCUCCUCCAGAAGUUCACGUUCCAGCCUCCCCCAAAUACCCAGCUGAGCCUGGAUGUCCAAUGUGGCACCACCAUGUCUCCUUUCCCCUACAAAAUCUGUGCCAUUCCUCGAGAGAUGUAGACCAAACAAUGCCUGUGGGGUGAUAUUCCAGGAGGCACAGGGAAAAUCUUGAACCAUCCUCAUCUUCCCUGCAUUUGGAGUUUGGCUAGGGACACAGAGAGAAGUCAAGGAGGGAAAAAAGAUGAGAGAGACCAAGGAAGGUAUCUGUUGCCCAGUGUGAAUAUUUCCAUUCAGAAAAACAAUAGCACAGACACUUUACUAGAUUGGAAGUUUAAGGACUUGGAGGUCACAUUUCAGCUCUGUCACCUACUAGCUGGGUAAUUUCAGGUCAUAUCCUUGAAACUCUGCCUCUUUUUUUCAAAUCUAAACUGAGGAGGAAGAUCCCUAAUGUCUCUUCUAAUUCUAAAUUGACAACCUUUUGAUGCUAUGAAGUGAGUACCAAUGAUAUUCUUUCCCUAAUUCAAGCAGUGAGGCCAAACUUUGAUUAAUUAUUCCUCUCACUCUUGUGCUUAUAACUCAUACACUGGAUGUAAUUUUGGGGAGGGCUUCAGAAACUUCAAAUCCUAUGGUUGAUUAGGAUGAUCCUUAGAGAUCUUUAUAAAUCAUGUAUCCCUUGUGGGCAAAUAUUAUUUUCUUUAUGACUUUGGAUCUAUAGCAUCCAGUCCAGUGCCUAGCAUAGAGAAGGAGUCCAUUAAUAAUGAUGAUUGUUUCACCUCUAAAAAAACUUCCUUUCACAUUCAUAAUUCCUUUAACUUUCACAAUAUGAAAUAUAAACCCAUCUAUUGAUGAACUGGUUUUCUCAUUCCUGUUAAAAGCCAUGUUAUUGAUGAUACAUCAUAAGCAUUCUGCUAUUAAUUAUACUCACAUGAAUUUAAGAAUGCGCCCAUCUUUAUUUUGCUCAUCUGUUAAAGUUCUCUGUUUCUCUUAGAUUCCCUUGUUCUUAUGAGAGGUGUUUACACAAAAUAGAUUUCCACGCUAACAAUCAAAACCUAAACAAAAUGUAAAUACCAAUGGGAAUUGGUGAGAUAAUUAUUACUCAUUUAUUGUUUGUGUUAUGUUUUCUAAUGUUCUUCCAUUAAACUAUUGAAAAUGCUGAGUGAAUCUAAAAGAAGGUCCUUGUACCUUGUAUCACAGAGCCAUCUUGUUGGAAAAUUGCUAGCCAUGGCCAAUAAAUUAAUUGUACUUGUAA